UCCGUUGCAGUCCUUCCAGAGGAUGCGUCCAUCGGCCAUGCUUCAGUCGUGCGCGCGACUCCUCGCUCCUUUCCGAUGGAAUUCCACGUGCCGCUCGGAUUAACCUCCGUUCAGUUUGGAUGAUACGCGUCAGGUGGAACGUUCAUGCGCUCCGGUGGCCAUGGCUCUCGUGAUGGACCCCAUCAGCAAAUGGAGCCCGAAACAGGUGCUCCAGUGGAUGAGAGGACUGGAUGAUUGUUUGCUGCAGUAUGUGCGUGUGUUUGAGAGAGAGAGAAUUUCUGGAGAGCAGCUGCUGCACAUUACACAUCAGGAACUCGAGGAGCUCGGAGUCACUCGCAUCGGCCAUCAGGAGCUCAUCCUCGAAGCGGUCGAUCUGCUCUGUGCUCUGAACUAUGGUCUGGAGACGGAGAACCUGCGCUCGCUGUCGCACAAGCUCAACGCCUCUGCUAAAAACCUGCAGAACUUCAUCACAGGCCGGCGACGAGGCGGUCACUAUGAUGGACGGGUGUGUCGGCGGCUCCCCAACGACUUCCUCACCAGCGUGGUGGAUUUGAUUGGCGCUGCCAAAAACCUUCUCGCCUGGCUGGACAGGUCACCGUUUGUCAGUGUCACUGAGUAUUCGGUGCUGAAGAACAACAUUGUCCAACUCUGUCUCGAGUUAACCACCAUAGUGCAACAGGACUGCACCGUGUAUGAGACAGAGAAUAAAAUACUCCAUGUGUGUAAAACUCUGUCAGGAAUCUGCGAGCACAUCAUCUCCCUGUCGUCUGAUUCGUUGGUGUCGCAGUCUGCCCACCUGGAGGUCGUCCACCUUACCAACGUCUUGCCCAACGAGGGUCUGGGAAUGUACAUUAAAUCCACAUAUGACGGGUUACACGUGAUCACCGGCACCACCGAGAACUCUCCUGCUGACAUCUGUAAGAAGAUCCAUGCGGGUGAUGAGGUCAUUCAGGUCAACUACCAAACUGUGGUUGGAUGGCAGUUGAAGAACUUGGUGAAUUCUCUGCGUGAGGACCCGAGUGGUGUCGUUCUCACUCUGAAGAAAAGACCCCAGAACACACUGAGCUCAGCGCCAGGCCUGCUUAAGAACACCCGCUGGAAACCCCUCGCACUGCAGCCACUUUCCACUAGUCCAUGUAGCGAGUCUACCACACCCCCCAGCACUCAGGGAGUCUCUCCUGGUCUGGACACACCCUCAGGACAUGAUGUGUUUAUACUCUCCCCAGCUUACGGACACAGGGAUGAUGAAUUGGACCGAGCUGGUUUUGGUGUUUUCGGCUCUGAAGGAUUCUUUGUGGAUCAGGAGGCUUUGGUGGGACCGCAUUUUCCCCUGUUGGACGAGGAAAUGGGCAGGAACGCUGGACUACGACGCCGAGACCGUACCCCGACUCGGGGUGACCUCAGGCAGGUGUCUCACACCUCUGAGUGGCUCACUGAGCCUCAGGAGUCUGGGGUUUACAAGCGAGGAAGCAGAGACUCGGACUCCUCCUUGAUGCGCUUCCUCAGCGACGACAGGAUGCUCGUCUUUCAAGAAGAGGCGGAGUUUCCCCAGCGUGACACCAGUCGGAGGACCAGGAAGAAAAGCCGCAAUCCCAGCAGCCCCAGUUUUCCCAUCAGCCCCUCCAUGCUGGCCCCUCCCGUGCGUCUGGACUUAGGACCCCCAGAUGGGCUGCCCUUCUCUCUACCUGACACCAGUACCAUGCCACAUUACCAUAGAGCCUCAGACACACUGCGAGCCGACACUGACAGGUAUGCUGGUUCUGCUGGGGAUCGACAAGCAGGUGCAUCCAUGAGGAAGUCACUGCAUUAUGCCUCCUUAAGGACCAAGACCAAGAAGAAAAGCAGAGGAUCUCAGAGUAACUCAAGCAGGAGGCGUAUCGCCUGUAAAGAUCUGGGCCAUGGCGACUGUGAAGGCUGGCUGUGGAAGAAGAAGGAUGCUUCGGGGUACUUCACCCAGAAAUGGAAGAAAUAUUGGUUUGUCCUCAAGGACUCGGAUCUCUACUGGUACACCAACCAGAAUGAUGAGAAGGCAGAAGGUUUCAUCAGUUUGCCUGAGUUCCGGAUCGACAGAGCGAUUGAGUGCAGGAGGAAACAUGCCUUCAAGGCUUGUCAUCCAAAAAUCAAGAGCUUCUUUUUCGCCACGGAUCACCUGGAUGAGAUGAACAGAUGGAUGAAUCGUCUCGGCUUGGCUGCGAUUGGCUACACUCCGGAUGACCCGGUGCCCCGCCCAGAUGAAGAUUACUGGAGCGAGAGCGAUCAGGAGGAGGCCGAUGGAUCCAUGACGCUCAAACAGGAGUCGACGUACCACUGCAACCCUGCUGUGGCAAGCUCAUCCAGCGCGUUCGGCGAGCGCCAUUUUUCCAGCGGCUCCACCUUCUCGCACUCGUCCGCCGAGGACUCGCACUCGUCCUGCCGCUCCACCCAUCGUGAGCGCGAGCGCCGCUCGUGGCAGGACCUCAUCGAGACCCCAGUGGGCUCGUCAGGGCUCCACUACCUCCAGACGGGCACCCCAGGGGACGGACAUGUGACAAUCUCACCUGAAAGGCUGCGGCAGGCCACGCUGCCCGCCAGACGUCGACGCCCUCCGAGACACGAAGGGCCGUUCCCACUGACAGACAAUGAAGAGCCUCGGCCAAGUGGCCCCUCCCACAAACAGAGAAGUCAGAGCCUUCCGAGGCACCGCUCACACGGCACACUGUGCCCACGCACCCGGCUUCACGAAGAAGACGAAGAGGAAGACGAGGAUGAGGACGAGGAGGAGGAAAGCGUAUGUAAGGUCCGGCAACGGGUGUGUGACGCCCAGAAGCGUGUGUGUGAGGAACCGGACCCUCUGGAAGAGCUGUAUCGCUCUCUGGAGCAAGCGAGCGUGUCCGCGUUCGGACACCAGAAGCCUUCCACACGGCAGGAGUUCCGGCGCUCGUUCGUCAAGCGCUGCAACGAUCCAGCCACUAACGAAAAACUCCACCGCAUCCGGGCACUCCGAUCCACGCUGAAGGCUAAAGAAGGAGACCUGGCUGUGAUUAGCCAGGUGCUGGAUGACCCCUGCCUGAGCUCUCGCAAGUUUCAUGAAUGGAAGCAGAGGAACCAAGAGCUUUUCCUGGAUAUAUGCGAGUUUAGCUCUGCCCCCCUGGAACUGCCCACUGAGCCUGCCGACCUUUCACCUCUGUCUCCGACACUGCUGAUGCACACACACUCAUUUAUAGAGACGCAUGUCUGAAACACACACCCAAACGCUCCAACCAACGCCUCCAGACUUUUAGAGGCUUCUUUGCAACUUACUCGAAGAACAAAAUGACACACUUCGGGACAGAAGACGUGAAAAUAAACUAAACACUGUGGCCCCGCCUCUUCCCUCUGAUUGGGUAUUUGACCUUUAACUGACAGCUGUCUGAGCCAGUGUAAGAGUACUGUUUUUUCAAAAAACGUGUCCUGGACAAACCCACUGCUUUUUUUUUCUUCUUUCGUCCCAUUUGUAAAGUGUGUAUAUCACUGCAUACACACAUCUUCUACACACCUUACAGGAACAAUUUAGACAGAAAUCAAACGUACACAACAACCCCUUUACACUAGAAGUCGUCAGUCGCCUGAGUCGUGUCGAGUGUCUUAGGCGAAUGUAGCUAACAAGCCUAACACAGCCUACCCUGUCUUCUGAAAAACAUAGCUAGCUUUCUUACUAAGGCAUCAGUCAGGAGAUUCUGCUGAAGAUAAAGCCUCCGGAUAAGCAUAUACCUUCCAAAUAUCCAGACUUGGCUAGACAGCAUCCUAAUCUAGAUUAAACAGAAUACUGUUUAGGCCACGCCUCCUUCCAGAGCAUAGCCUGAACCUUCACGCUAGCUCUUCGUUUUCAGGAACUGUUAGCUACAUUAGCCUGUAAAGCAGCGACCUUCGGAUACAUGGACUUGGUGUAAGUUGUGUGUAUUUGAUUUCUUUCGUCUGCUUGUUUCAUCUCCAGGACCUGAAGACGGCUUUUUUUUUGUUUGUUUUUCAUCCCUGUCUCUUUUCCGGCUGGAGAUUUUAAACAUUUUUCGUUGGAUUGUUUUCCCGGCACUUGUUUGUUUGUUUACUCGUUUUCACGUUUUCAGCUUCCCUCGGGACGCUGCAGGACGAGCGCUCAUGUAGCCAUGGGCAACGGGCUUCACUCUGUUACCAAGCAACACCGCCCUACUGUGUUAACUCUCAGAGCAUGCAAGUGUGUGUGCGUGUGUGCGCAAAUGUGUGAGUGUGUGUACAUGAGAGAGACUUAGAGAAGACUGAUGAGACUGAUGCACUUCCUGUAGGAACGCCAGCCUACGAGGCGCCUGUAAUCCAACAUGGGUUCUGUAGAGUAUUUAGAGCAUAGCUGAACUCCUGCAUGGUUUUAAACGUUAUUCCCUACGCUGACUGAGCUGAUGAAGAGCCUACAAUGUAUAUAAGAGAAUAUCCUUUGCCUAGCUGAGCUGCAUCCUCUGUUCAAAACUGUGAACUUUUCAUUGUGAAUGCAAUCUUCUGGCACUGCAAAGACAGAAGCUUUUCAUUUUUUUUCUUUAAAAAAGAAAAAAAAACAGAACAAAAAAAAAGAACACAAAAGACUAAAGCUUUGAUUCUCUGGUAUCUUGACUGUUUUGCUUUGGGGGAUUUGGGGAGUUGGGGGGCAGCAGGUUAUUACCUCUAAUACUCUGGCUUACAUUCAGGUUAGGGUCGUUAUGUUUGGGUUUUUUCCCAUUAAUGUCCUUCGUCUAACUCGGGUGGUAGAUUUCUUUAUUUAUUUUUUUUUUUUUUUGUAAUUCAAAGGUACUAUGGUUUUUUUAAAGUUCUGGAACUCUGAGUUUCAAAUCCAUUGAUUCUAGAUUUAGCCAAAAAUUAUGAUUUGAAGGUCCAUGCAUUGUACAUUUUUUACUUCCAGAAUUCGGAAUUCAAAAUCCAGGAAUUCUAUCAGUUUUAUGUAACUCUGUUCCAGUGUGCUCCGAUUCUAGGAAUUUAAAAAACUGGAACUGAAACAAGUUUAAUGAUUUUCAACACUUUUUUUUAUUUGACAUACAAAUCCUGCACAUAUUAGUGCAAAGGUCAAGGUCAAGUGAGGUUCAAUUUUAGACAACUAAAAAACUCAAUUCAAACUCAAAUUCAAAUUCAAACUGAAUUCAAACUCCACAAAUGUUUUUUUAAUUCUGGGGAAAAAUCUAUUUUUUUUUUAUUUUUUUCAAAAUUAAAGAAUUUGAUGCUCAAAUUCCAGCAACUCUCUCAUUUCCAGAUAUUUCCAUUUCAGUGUUCUACAAGUCUAGAAUAUUAAGGAAAUUCUGGAAUUCUGAAAAAGUUCCCAAAAUGUUACUUUUUAGGAAAUUUGGGAGCUCAAAAUAUUGUAGUUUCUUUUUAUUUAAAAAAAAAUUUACGCAGUUUUAUUUGUUUUCCUAAAAACCACAGAAAAUGUUUGUUUAAAAUCCAAGAAUUCUAAAAUUCCCACAAAAUUCUGUAACUCGGAGUUGAAAGCUGAAGCUUUACUGGAGGUUCCGUUACAUUUAUUAUGUGUUAAGUGAUCUUUUUCCACCAACACAGAGCCGAAGCUGUUCGUCGUGGUACUCGUCGUCAUGGUAACGUCACGCUGCCGUCAUGCUUACGGUCCAGAUUCAAACUAAUCUCAUAUAAUCUGGAUUCCAGCUGAUGUGCACAACAUAUGUAUAAAUACAAUCCGGCAUUUUACCAAAUGUUUUGCCUUUUUUUUUAAAAUGCAAG